CGCAUGUUUCAGGAAGUCAGGGCAUGGGCAGUUUAAAUGCUGGAUGUAUAUCAUGAGUUUGAAACAGGUUUGAGCGGGUUUUCUGAAGGCAGGGCACAGCGUUUUACAAUUCCGCUGUCUGACAUGCGUCUCCACAUUAUUAUCGCCGCUUGCUUUUGGUGUGGCUUCGUAGACUCUCGUAAAAUAAGAGGAAUAUCUUCGUCCUACAAGCGGUUCUACAGGGAGAGGAAGUCCUUUAUGUGCAUUGAUGGGUCGAAGAUCAUCCCCUUUGAGCAGGUGAACGAUGACUACUGCGACUGUGAAGAUGGCUCUGAUGAACCAGGCACCUCAGCCUGUCCUCGUGGCCGAUUCUACUGCACCAAUCUGGGUUUCCGCCCACACUACAUCCCAUCAUCACGAGUCAAUGACGGCAUCUGUGAUUGCUGCGAUGCUUCAGAUGAAUACAACAGCCACGCUCACUGCCAGAACACUUGCUGGAAUCUGGGACAGAGAGAGAGAGCAUACGUGGAGGGCCAGAUGAGGACCUUGGACGAGGGUUUGCAACUCAAGCAGCAGCUGAUUGAGGAGGGAGUGCUGCUCUGGAGGGAGAAACAGGCCCAGCUCAGAGAGCUUCAGCAGGUAGCUGAGGACCUACAGAUCAAAUUAGAGGAUCACAGAAGGAAGAAACACGAGGCUGACCGACUCAAAGAGCAAACACUAAAGGCGCUGCAAGCCGGGGACAGCGGUGUCAGACGUCAGAACAGCACAGUAACCAGCAUUUUCAAGUUACUGGACAGCAAUAAAGAUGGCAGUAUAACGGUGGAUGAAGUCCAGGCUAAAGUUUCACUCGUCCAUGAUGAGGAGCGGGUUCUCUCUGAGGAUGAAGCAGUGGCUUUGUUGGGAGGAGGCCAUCAGAUGGAUCUCACCGAGUUUCAGCACACACUGUGGGACAUCCUGAUAAAAGGAGACAGUGUCAAGAUCAAAGACACACAAGGUGCACCAGGCAGUAUUGUGGGUGAAGAUCCUCACUUGAAGGCAGUUGACAGAGCUGCAGAGUGGGAGGCUACCAAUCUGAAGAAGGCAGAAGAAGACUAUGAGACAGUCAACAUGGAAAUAAGCGACCUCCGGAAGAAGCUGGCCAUAGACUAUGGAACAGAUUGGGAGUUUCUGUUUUUGAACAGCCAGUGUUACAAGCUGAAAGUAUAUGAGUAUACUUAUACCCUGUGCCCAUUCAAUCAAGUCACUCAAAAGAGCACUGCAGGAACAGAGGUCUCAUUAGGGAGGUGGGGGAUGUGGGCAGGAACACCAAAGAACCAGUACAGUCAGAUGGUAUAUGAGAAUGGAGAACCCUGCUGGCAAGGAGGUUCACGCAGUACUACAGUCACACUGACAUGCGGAACGGAGACAGCCUUGCGAUCGGUGAAGGAGCCCAGCAAAUGCCAGUACAUCAUGGACUUUCAGACUCCUGUGGCCUGUCAGCCGGUGCUAAAGCAGCGGGGCAUACACAGUGAACUGUGACCUCUUCCCUCACUGGCCUAGCCUAGAUUAACUUAGCCCCCUCCCACUGCAUCCCCUUGGCUAGCCUGCGGUGACAGGCUGGGGUCCUGAGGGUCCCCUGUGACAUCUGUGUUGUCAGAACAUAUAUACUUCCAAGUAAGUCUUGCUAAGGUCAGAAUCAGAUUUUCAGUAACACUGCUCCUAGACAACUUUAGUUUUCAUUGAUUGUUACAGUACUGCUUUACAUUGGAUAUUUGAAUAGAGCAUUUAUUGAAUCAUUACGUCUACACAAGUAUUCACACUGCAGUAUAUUU